GAAACAUGAUAAUUAAUUCAUGAAUUGUAUGGUUGAUACAUAUGAAUAAACUGUCAGUUCAUUGAAACAAUUUGCAGAUAUCUAACCAACCACAACAUAACAACAAUUGAUAUUGGGUAAUUAAUUAAUCAAACCGGAAGUAAAUUUUCCAUUAUAUAAACGAAGCUGUGCAUGGGCAGAAUAUGAAGUGACUCGUAAACUAAACAGCAGUUAUUAUCAACCAUGUCUUCUCAUGGAGCUGAACAUCAUCACGAACAUCAUGAAGAAGCCGGUCAUGGUCAUGACAACAAAGAGCAUUGCAAAUCGUCUGAACACUGUGUGAAAGACUGCCACGACAAAGAGGGUGCUGGUCAUGGAUCUCAUGACAAGCCACAACAUUGUGGAACUGGUUGUCAUAAACCAGGAUCUGGAAAAGAUCACGGUGGUCACUAAACACAUGUACCAGAAAUUCCUAGAUAGUUCAUAAACUUAUUUCUUAAAAAUAACUAACACGAAGUAACUACAGACAUUUUAUUGACUAUUGAAUUUUAAAUAUACAUUUUUAAUGCCUGUACACUUUUUGCUUUUAUGUAACGUUAAUUAUUCUGUCUAAUCCACUGUUUUAUUAAAGUUAUACUCACAUUAAGUAGAAUCUUCCAUAGUAAUAAUUCUCUCUUGAAGAAUGUCAAAUCGAUUAUAGUCGUGACACAGUUGGUGUUACAUCCAGUCGAAUUUCCCGAUCUGGGUGAGUCAGAAAAAUUUACUUCAAACGCAUACGGUACACAUGAUUCGAAAUCUUGAGUGAAUGACUAUUACAACGAGGUCUGUACAUGUUUUCCACUUUAUUGUGAGCUGCAUGUUCAAUAUUAUUUCACUGUCUCAAUGGUUAAACUUUUAAGUACAAAAACUGUGAUGAGUAGAUGCAGUAGUACCGAAUUCGGUAAUAUGAACUGGUAAUUCCUAGAACUGUCCAAUACGUAAUCUAGUGAUCACAAAUCCACCAACACUCAAGUAAUAGAGAAUACAGUGAGCAGAAUUGAAGGUAUAACCUCGUAAUUCCAAACAGACGCGUAACGAUUU